AUGCCAUGGUUUCUUGACAAUGUGAGGCCACCUGCGCCCAAUCAAAUUGAACCCACCCUUACCUUUCUAACAAACGAAUUAUUUGAUAAAAUCGAUGGUGUAUCACGGAACAAUUUAGGCAAGGCCAAAACGAUAACCGAGAGGAAAGCACAGAUUAUUAAUGAGUUCAUCCAAAGCUUCAAACUAUAUAUUGGAAAUGACAUGUCUCCAGCGGCGAAAUUGAUAUUCCCCGAGAAAGCAGGAAGACUAUAUUUUAUCAAAGAAGUGGCUUUAGCGAGGCUAAUAAUCAAAAUGUACAGGAUUCCAAAAGAUGCUGACGACUAUAACCUCCUCCAUUACUGGAAUAAGCAGUAUCAAAAAUCUAAAAGAUUUGCUGCAGAUGAGAUGAAACUUCGCAGUUUACCGCUACAAGUAGCUAGAGUUGUUGCCAAAAGAAGAGAUUUCACCGAUCAAUACAAAGAAUGCACUGUUUCCGAAAUAAAUAACCUAUUGGACAACUUGACGCUAGCAAAGCAGUCAAGCGAACAAGUGGAUCUUCUUAAGCCUCUUUUUGAUAGCUUGAGAAUUGAAGAAAUCAGGUGGCUUGUGCAGUUUAUUUUGAAGAAACCAAUCUUGACCAAUAUGGAAAAGUACUUCUUCAAUAGUUGGCAUCCUUGUGGUUACCGGUUAUACAGUAUAUGUAACGAUUUAAAAAAGACAUUUAAUUCACUUGCUGAUUCUGAAAAAGAACUAUCUAGAGAGGAGUUGGCCAUCCACCCACGAUUCAAGUUCAAGCCUCAGUUAGCAGAGAAACUAACAACUAACUAUGACUCUGUGGUGAAAAAGCUACAAAAGAAACAGCCAAUGGAUGAAAACUUCGAAAAUAGUUUCAAACAGUUGGAUUUGGAGAAUAAGUUUUAUAUUGAAGAGAAAACAGACGGAGAUAGGAUGCUACUACAUAUGGAAAAUGGAAAUUUCAAGUUUUACAGUCGGAGACUUAAAGACUAUUCCUUUCUAUACGGCGAGUCAUUUCAAUUUGGCUCAUUAACAAAGUACUUGAACAAUGCUUUCCAAAAAAAGGUAGAUUCAGUGAUUCUUGAUGGCGAAAUGGUAGCUUAUGACUACAAGAGGCAAAUUAUCCUACCAUUUGGUACAUUGAAGUCACUGGCAAUUCAAGAAAGCGUUCUGCAAUUUACAACUAUUGAUCAAUACAAUCAGCAAACAAGCUACCCAUAUUACAUAAUUUUCGAUGUUCUUUACCUCAAUGGCAAGGAGCUUGGCAAUUAUCCACUAUUUUUCAGGAAAACCAUUCUUAGCCGGAUAAUAAAACCUGUGCCCCAUAGAUUUGAGAUCAGUGACGCACGACUUGGAUCAACGGCUGCUGAUAUUGAAAAGUCAAUGAGGGAGAUUGUCGGUAAUAGAAGUGAAGGGUUAGUACUCAAACACACACAGCUGAAAUAUAUUAUUGACGGAUUCCGAAAUCCCAAUUGGAUUAAGGUGAAACCGGAGUACCUUGAAAAAUUUGGCGAGAAUUUGGAUUUGGUUGUUAUCGGUAAAAACCCCGGAAUUAAGAAUUCUUAUAUGGUUGGGUUAAAAAAUACCAUUGACGGAGCGUACUAUAGCUUUGCUAUGAUUGGAAACGGAUUUGAAAUUGAAGAGUUUGAUAAAGUGGAACGCUUGACGCAUGGAAAGUGGAUCGAUACAGGUACAAGGCCGCCUCCAGAAAAUCUUAUUCGAUUUGGUAGAAAGAGACCCGCUUACUGGAUUGAACCGAAGAACUCAGUUGUUUUGGAAAUCAAAGCGCGGUCAAUUGAUGUUCGGCCUGAAGAGACUUAUGCCGUUGGAUCAUCUUUACACAAUAACUUCUGCCGCAGGAUCAGAGAGGACAAAUCUGUUGAUGAGUGUAUUACAUUACAGGAAUAUUUGGACUUGAAAGCGGAUUACAUGAGGAAUAUACUGAGGUCCCAGACAGUUGCCGUAAAAAGGAAAAAGUAUGAUGUAUUGACUUCAUUUUCCGAUCAAGGGAGUGACUUAAAGAAAGUGAAAGCGGAGUUUGAUUUGUUUUCCAAAUUUGAAUUUCUAAUAAUGAGCGAGAGAAGAGAGUCCAAAGAGACAGUGAUCAGUGCGGAAGAACUAAGAGCCUUGGUCAAAAAAUAUGGAGGCAAAGUGGUGCACUCAAUUGACUCAAAGUCAAGCCUACAGGUUGUGAUUAUCACAGAAAAGGAUUUACCGGUAGGGAACAAAUUACUAAGUCAAGGUUUUGACCUCAUUAAACCAAAUUGGAUAUUUGAGUGUAUCAAAAGAAACGAAAUUGUGCAAAUUGAACCUUGUUUUAUAUUUGCUACUCAAGUUUGGCCAUAUUAUUCAAAACGAGUCGAUAAGUUUGGAGAUUCGUACACUAUACACAACUCUUUGCUGCAAGUUACUGUUCCUCACUUGGAAAAAAGUGACCUUGAAAGAUUGAAAUGUGAAUUUGAAUGGAAUGAAUUAAGCAAGCCUUUGUUGUAUCUAUUUAAACACAUAAAAAUACACGUUAUGGGAACCUCCUUGGCUAGUCGUUUGUUAAGGGAACGCAUUGAAAGGUUCGCAGCCAAUACAGUUGAUGAUUACGUAAACAGUGGUUAUAUAGUUAUUCCAUUCUGGGAAGAGCAAAACAAUAGACAUUUAACCAUGAUUAGACUAAAAAAGUACUAUGAGAAGAUUGAUAAGGAGCUUAAGAUAAUGGAUGGGAGAUUUGUCAACAAAAUCCCAUUCACCGUAACGGAAGGUUUCAUUAAUAAAUCUAUUGAAAUGAACAGUAUUGCUGAUGCUGAGGAUUUCAAAUAUUAUUGA